AUGGGCAUCUCGGGUCUCCUCCCACUGCUCAAAUCUAUACAGCGUCCGACCGAGCUGAAGAAGUAUGCUGGGGAAACCUUUGGGGUGGACGGCUAUGGCUGGCUCCACCGUGGUGCCGUUGCCUGCGCCAUUGAACUGGCUCAGGGCAAGCCGACGCGCAAGUACGUGGACUUCGCCAUGCAUCGGGUCAGGAUGUUCAAGUACUUUGGUGUCACCCCAUAUCUCGUGUUCGAUGGGGAUUUCCUUCCCAGCAAAGCCAAGACAGAAGCAUCGCGGGCCAAGCGCCGGGAAGAGAGCAAGAGGGUUGGACUAGAGCUUCUUAGGGCAGGCAAGCCCUCACAGGCUUAUGCCGAACUCCAAAAGGCCAUCGACGUCACUCCGGAGAUGGCUCGUCAUCUGAUCGAGGAGCUCAAGAAGGCCGAUAUCCCGUACGUGGUCGCUCCAUACGAGGCAGACGCUCAGCUGGUCUACCUUGAACGCCAAGGGUUGAUCCGCGGUAUCGUGUCCGAGGAUUCCGACUUGCUGGUCUUCGGCGCGAAGCGUUUGUUGACCAAGCUAGACCAGCACGGCCAGUGUAUCGAGAUCAACCGGAGAGACUUCUGUGCUGUGCGCGAGAUAUCCCUUACCGGUUGGACUGACAGCGAGUUUCGACACAUGGCCAUCUUGAGCGGUUGCGACUACCUGGAAGGCGUCAGCAACAUUGGUCUAAAGACUGCGUACCGCUUGAUUCGGAAGCACAAGACCCCUGAGCGCGUCGUCAGGAUGCUGCGGUUCGACGGAAAGCACCAAAUCCCCGAAAGCUAUCUCGACGAUUUCAAGCAAGCCGAGCUCACCUUUUUGCACCAACGUGUAUUCUGUCCCAAGAAGCGAGACAUUGUUUUGUUGACGGAACCAGACCCGGCGGUCGAUGUCAACGACAUGCCUUUCAUCGGGCCACCAAUAGAAACGGAGAUGGCCAGAUCCAUUGCUGCGGGUGACAUCAACCCCAUCACCAGGCAGCGCAUCGUGGUCCCGCGUUCGCCGGGCAAGAGGAGGAUCAGCCAGGCACUGACUCCGGCCAGCGGACCGCCGAGGAGUCUUGGGAAGCCUAUCACAGAGUUCUUCAAGGAGCGCAAUUCAGGCCGCAUUCCUCUCGGCGAGAUGGAUGCAAACUGCUUCGCAAUCGACCCGAACCAGAACAACGCCGCUGCUAGUGACGCCGGCCCCCGCCCCAUAGUUUUCCCACUUCCGAGACCGUAUGUGGAGGGUGUAGAAGAGCCAGCAAGUCCUGCUCGGUCGUAUUCCAGCAAUGCCCGCGUACUCCGUCGGAAGAGUGAGCCUAUCUCGAAGCUCCUCGGCUUGGAUCAGUUCGAGACUUCGAGAGAUCGUCGCCGGACAACUGGGCCAGUAAUUCAAGUGUACCAAGACCCGGUUUCUUCCAGCAGACCGCCAAAGAAGGCGCGGUUGUGUGAUGAUUCAGCCGUUGAGGAAGGUGGCAGGGUUGCUCUGGAGAAGAGCAAAUUCUUCUCCACAACAAAACAAAAGAAACCCAGCAAGAAGCUGGACCAGCUGCUGAUGUCGGAUGAUUCAGUUGAGGAGGCGUUCCGGAGUCUCCCUGAUUUCGAUUCACGGCGUUCUGAGAAACCUGGCAAACCGGCCGAUGAGUUCGACAUUUUCCGGGAACCGUCUCCUGAAGCACAUAAGGAUGAGCUUCUUUCUGCCGGACGAACGCCGAAGAGCCAGGAGGACAAUGCCGAUGACUCGGUCGAAGUCCCAGCUUCACCCCCUGUACAACACGGACCAGCCGACGAAGGCCAUAUUCCCAAUCCGACAUCGGUGACACCUCUCGGGGGACUUCUCAAGCAGUUUUCGUAUGAGACAGCGAGACCCCGGACCCGAUUCGUCCACUGCCUGCCCACGCCGGCGUCAAGCAUGGAGCCAACAGCGACUCAAAAGAGCCUCAGCCCGCCGAACACACAAACCCCCAUGCUGACUCCCCUGCAGCGGAUCGGAGCCCGGGCACUCGGUCGCGGAAAGUCGUUUGGAUCAACGCCGUCGACCCUGAAGGCACCCAUGCCCAGCAAUAAACCGAAGCAUGUUGAUUCCUUGUCUGUAGAUCCGGCUUUUGUGCCCUUGCCAAAAGCGGAUCUGGAAGAAGUAGAGGCGCUAAACAAGCCCCUAGGGAGUGAGGACCAGCUUAUCCCCGACAGUGACGGGGAGAAUGACACUUUAGAGAAGGACUACGUUAGUGCUGCCUCUAUUUGUAUGUUGUUCUCCCCUCUCUCCCUCGCCUCGCAAGCGGCUGCGCUCCGACGAGUAGGACGAUUGAUUGCUGAUAAGAAGAAGAAGCAGACAAAGGAUCAGGCAAGAGCUGCAAAAAGGGGAAAGCUGGACCCGGACAGCGAACUCAAUCGCAAUGCGAAAGAAGUGCUGGACGAGCGGGCGCGGAACAAGCGUAAGCUUCAAGAGAUGGAAGCCGAGGAGGACAGUGACGCCGGGAUAGAGAAAGAGAAGCCGGGCGAGGGGCUGAAGAAGAAGGUCAAGCUGGACGAGGAGGAGGAAUCGGCGCCCACGAAGCAGAAAAGCACCGAAGAACAACAACACACUGAGGGCGAGAACUCCCUCAAUAAGAAGCAGAAGGCCAAGGAAGAACAUAAGCUGGCUAAGAAGCAAAAGAAAGAGGAGGCCGAAAAGUCCAAAGCGGAGCAUGCUAGAAAGGACGGUAAGGCCGAAAAGGUGCAGAAGAAGGCUAAGACCGCCGCCACCGAGGAAGACACUGCGGAGAAGGAGGCCGAAGAGUCUGCAGCGGAGGAAGCGCCGGCGCAAUUCUCUGCUGAGGAGGCUAAGAGCGAUGCAGACGAGGAAUUGGCGCCUAUCGACAUAUCAGGGCUUGCCAAUGAGAAUGAGGGUUCGUCAGAGGGUUCGUCGGCAGACUCGGCACGAGAGUCACCCAUCUUCGACAGCGAGAAGAAGGCGUCAGGCGAGCCUGCUAAAAAGCCCAAAUACAUCAAGAUUCCCGCCGAUACCACUGCGUUACGCGCUCGCCUCGAAGCCAAGCUCGCUGCCCUUCGCGCAGCUCGCAAAGUCGCUGACGAAGACGGCAAGACUAUCCGCACGCGACAGGAUUUGAUCGAGGCGCGGCGGGAGAAGCAAGCCCAACGGAAGGCGCAAAAGAAGGAGAUGCGCCGGCUAGCCAAGGAGGAAGAGGACAGAAAGCGGGAGGAGGCACUAGCAAGUGCGCGCAACUCGCCCGGCCUCAGCCCCCUCUUUGAGCAAGGCGAUGACCGCGACGCCAACCACUUCGCCUUUGGCCGGCUAGCCUUUUCAGACGGAACCCAGUUCAUGGACGAGGACAAGCGCAAAGAGGUGCUCGAGAAGGAGACAUGGUUGGCGGCUCGCCGACGUGCCGAGGGUGAGAAGGUGCACGACAACGAGUCCCUGCUCAAAAAGGCGCUCAAGCGCAAGGAGAAGGCGAAGAAGAAGUCGGAGCGCGAGUGGAAGGAGCGGACUGAGGGCGUUCAGCAGGCCAUUCAGGAACGCCAGCGCAAGCGCGAAGAGAACAUCCGGAAGCGGCGCGAGGAGAAGCUGGCCAACAAAGGCGGGAAGAAGAAGAACAAGGGCAUUCAAACUAAAAAGAAAAGCCGGCCUGGGUUCGAGGGCGGGUUUGGCGGUGGGAAGAAAUAA